AUGUCCCAGGAAUCAGACGAGACGAGAGAUUCAGAAGAGAAGGAAGCUGAUGAUGUUGACGAUGACGCACACGGCUCUGAUGAUGAUUAUAAUCCGGAUUAUGAUUUUGACUGGUGGAAUGAUUACGUACUAGCAGAUGGUAAGGGUUUCCAUUCUAAACCUGGAUUUGAUGAGGAUAAGGAUGACUCUGGUAGUUCAGGGGGUUGUGGAAGUACUCGCGGAAGUGAGCCGAGUGAUUCAAACCAUAUGGAACUCUAUUCUCUUAACGGAGAGUCCUAUUCAUUUUCCUGGAAGAAAGAGGACUUCUCUGAUGAAAUGGGAGGGGAUUUCGAUGAACUUGAUUUGUCAAAUGAAGAUGGAGAGAUAUGGGUUGGGAAAAAGUUCAGGAACAAGGAACACUUUAAAAUCACGUUGGCCAUCAAUGCACUGAAGAAUGUAGUGAUGUUCGAAUUCAAAAAGCAUGCGAAGAAGUACACAGUCGCCGAAUGUCCAUCAAAGAUAUGUGAUUGGAGAGUGUUGGGGUGUCAAGUUGGCGAGUCUGCGUUGUAUGAGGUGAGGAAGGCGUGUUUGAAGCAUACAUGCCACCCGGAUACAAGAAAGAAAUUUUCUAAACAUACUACUUCUAAAGUCAUGGCGGCUCUGCUGAAGGCUAAGUAUGAGAAUACAAUAGUUGGGCCACGUGCGAGUCAGCUACCUGCGAUUGUUCUCUCCGAAUAUAAUAUUACAGCCUCGUACUGGAAAUGCUGGAAAGCUAAAGAGCUGGCUAUAUACUCUGCUCACGGAAGAGAGGAGACUUCUUUCAAAUUAUUACCGAUUUACCUCCAUGUGCUCAAGUAUGCUAACUCCGGCACCAUAACGCAUUUGUCAACCGAGAGCGAGAGAGAUGACAAAGAUGGAAAAUGUAUUACCAGGUUUAAGUCCGUAUUUAUGGCAUUGGCUGCGUGUAUAUCUGGAUGGAAACAUUUGAAACAAGUAGUUGUUGUUGAUGGGACUCACCUGACUGAUUCCUCUGAUCUUACUUUUAUCUCGGAUAAGCACGGUGGAAUUGCCAAAUCUAAAAAGAAAUGGUAUCCCCAGUCACACCACGGUGCAUGUCUUGUCCAUAUCCAGAGAAAUGUUCACGGUAAUUACAAAAUUUCCGGUCAGAAAGGGUUGGUCGGAAAGGCUGGAGAAGCGUUCACAGUUUCUAAUUUCAAGAAACUAUACGCAAGGCUGAAGGAUGUUGAUUAUCGUUGUUGGGAGUACAUGGAAAAAAUCCCUCUUGCGCUGUGGACUAGAUCACACUUUUCUGGUCAGAGGUAUAAUAUGACCUCCAGUAACAUUGCAGAGUCUCUGAACAAUGCACUAUUUGCUGCAAGAGACAGUCCAAUCGUUGCAAUGCUAGAAUUUAUGAGGCGAAUGUUAAGUAGGUGGCUUGAAUGCAGAAGAGAGAAAAUUCAAAAGAUGGAUGAUGACAUUACAGAAGAGGUUGACAAGUUAAUGAACCUGCAGCAGCAAAAAAAUCUGCUGCACUAUCGGUUCAAGGCAUUUUUUUGUGGGAGGUUGAAGUGA